AUGCUAGCCGAGCUGGAUCAAAAUCGGGCCGGUGUACCCACAAGGUCCCGUUCUUACUACGACAAAGACGAUUACCCAGAUUCGUUUGAUGAUAGAGAGUUACAAGGAUACCAGAGUCUGAGAGACCGACGGGACAGAGGGAAUAACAAAGAGAGUAUGAGCUCGUGGCUGCAGAGGCAAGCUGGCUCUCACUCCGUCCAGCUUGCUGCCGCGGCAGUUGUGUCCGGGGCUGCUGUCGCUGCAGGCAUAUUCGGUUACCAAGCUCUGAGAAGACAUGAAGCUGUAGAAUCACUCAAGGCUUCGAUUCCACAGAUUGACGACAAGCAUCAUGCAGAGAGUCUCAACGAAUUCGGAACGGCAGGUCCUCUGCCAGUGCUGAGUAAAGAAGACGAGCGCAGUGCGGCGCUUGCACGACGAGCACAACAAGGAGACUACGAUGAGGAACUUAUACUUGAACAACUUGCUAGAAAUCGAGUCUUUCUGACGGAUGAAGGUCUUCAGAAACUUCGCUCAUCUUUCAUAAUUGUCGUUGGCUGUGGCGGCGUUGGUUCUCAUGCCACCGCAGCUUUGGCUCGCUCCGGAGUGGCCAAGAUCCGACUCAUUGACUUUGAUCAAGUUACGCUUUCAUCGCUAAAUAGACAUGCACUUGCCACCCUGGCGGAUGUCGGUACACCAAAAGUUCAUUGUAUACGACGACGAUUGGAGCAGAUUGUGCCGUGGGUGCACUUCGACUGUCGGAACGAAUUGUUCGGUGCGAAUGUGGCUGAUACACUCCUUGCUCCCUGGACAGGCAGAGGGUCCAAUGGACAGAAACCUGACUACGUUAUCGAUUGCAUUGACAAUAUCGAAUCCAAAGUCGAAUUGUUGCAUUACUGCCAUAAGAAUUCUAUCAAGGUCAUUUCGUCUAUGGGCGCUGGAUGCAAAUCCGACCCGACCCGCAUUGCGGUGGCUGAUAUCUCUGUAAGUAUGGAGGAUCCGCUAUCUCGCAGCACUCGUCGGCGCUUGCGUGUUCUAGGCGUGACUUCGGGUAUUCCAGUAGUGUUCUCAGUCGAAAAACCAGGUCCUGGAAAAGCAUCCUUAUUGCCGCUACCCGAGGAAGAAUUCGCGAAAGGAAAAGUUGGGGAAUUGGGUGUAUUGCCCGACUUUCGCGUGCGGAUUCUUCCCGUUCUUGGUACGAUGCCUGCUGUCUUUGGAUAUACCAUAGCAAACCACGUGAUCUGUGCUGUUUCAGGCUACCCUAUCGACUACAGUCUGGCGGGCAAAAAGCGUGAAAAGCUCAGCGAUACCAUGUACUCAUUACUCCAGGGUACAAUAGAGAGGCUGGUGAGGGCAGAAGUCAAGGAUAACGAACUUGUGGGACUGCGCAUGCCACUCAGCAAGGAGGAGAUCGGCUAUAUAGUCGACGAGAUUUGGCGUGGGAGAAGCGUGAUUAGCGGUAUUUCUAACCGCUUGGUCCUUGUGCCCUGGAAACGACCGGCUGAAGGGUUUAGAGUCAAUCCACAAUGGGAGAAAGAUGGACAAAAGCUUGUCCCAAUAAAUUGGAGGAAUCUGGUUUGCAUGACGAAGGAAGAAGCUGUCCAGCAUGAAAGAGAAGUUCUUCUAGGCGGGAAGAAUGUGGAGGAGAUUUAUGACGACAAAGUACUGCAGCUGAUUGAUGCUCGUCUGAAGGAGGCGGAGAUCUAUGAGCGGUACAGAUAGUGCAUCUAUACGGAACACGUAUCUAGUUAUUGAUGAACC